AUGGAGAGGAAUGCGCUGCAAAAGCGAGUGCGCCGAAACCAGUUGGGAGAAAUCGCGGCAUGGGCUCCAGGAUGGUUGCGAGAUCGCGUUAUGGCACGAUCCAACGAACGAAAAGGCGGCGGAAAAUGUCGGAUUCGGACUUCUGGUGUGGAAAGAGCUGAUGGGGGUAACUGGAAGUUGAACGUGGCAAGACCUGCUAGUACGGCAAUGUCAGCAACUGCGUCCAAGACCGGCAAUGGUCAAGUAAUUCUACAUCAACGCACCUUGAGUAACAUCCAGAUCCAUGUUAUGUUAGACUUCCAAGUGAACAGAAAAAAAUAA